AAAUGAAAGUGAAACAUAAGUAGCCUGGCUGUCUGUGUUGUCGUAGCAGGCUUGUCAAACUAUUUUUCCAGUUCCAUAAAGACGAAUAGUUUUUUUGAUCUGACAGUCUAUAGGGCCUACUUUUUGGAAUAGUCCUAUCAACCAACUUGCCAAUUCAGCCUCAUUUUGUUAAGAAAUAAAACGCAAGAUGGACAUCGAUGAAGUGCUUUAUUCCCGUCAACUACCCGUUCUAGGUCAUGAUGCGAUGCGCCGCAUGGGCGAAGCAGAUGUUCUCAUUUCGGGGAUGCGUGGGCUUGGAAUAGAAAUAGCCAAGAAUGUCAUCCUGGCCGGUGUUCGGUCAGUCACGGUUCAAGAUGAGGGAGUGGUGGAGUGGUAUGAUUUGUCUUCUCAGUUUUACUUGAAGAAAUAUGACCUGGGUCAGAACAGGGCCCUUAGGUGUCUCACCAGCUUGUCUCGCCUCAAUGAUCAUGUGGCCGUGGACGGCCACAGUGGACCCCUGGAUGAAAGCCUUCUCAGUAGAUUCCAGGUUGUGGUGCUCACAAAUUCUUCACUGGACGAACAGAAACGCAUUGGAGAGUUUUGCCACUCCAAGAACAUUAAGUUUAUCGUUGCUGACACUAGAGGACUGUGUGGACAGUUGUUCUGUGAUUUUGGAGAAGAGUUCAGAGUCAUAGACAUUGAUGGGGAGACCCCACUCACAGCGCUGGUUGACUCCAUCACAAAGGGAAACCCUGGAAAAGUCACCUGUGCAGAGGAGCAUAGAUUUCAUGAUGUCACGCAUAUCACCUUCUCAGGGGUGCAGGGUAUGGAGGAGCUCAACAGCUGUGGCCCUGUUGAAGUUAAGGUGCUAGAUAAUUACUCAUUCACCAUCUGCGACACCUCAAAUUUCUCAGAAUAUGAGAAAGGUGGAGUUGCGACAGAAGUUAAGAAGUCAGAGACUCUAACAUUUAAACCCCUGCCUGAGGCUCUAGAUGAAGCCCUGAGGGACCCAGAGAUUAUGGUGCCAACUGACUACGGAAAACUGGAGAGCCAUCGAACUCUGCACAUUGCCUUUCAGGCUCUACAUGACUUUGUGAAAAGCACAGGGAAUUUACCAAAGCCCAGGUCAAAGGUGGAUGCUGAUAGGCUGGUGACCUUGGCAAGAAAACUGAGCGAGGCGUCCCAACUGGAGAAGCUGGACGAGGGCGUGGUGAAGAAGCUGGCGAUGAGUGCUCGCGGUGACCUUGCCCCUGUCAAUGCUUUCAUUGGAGGACUGGGGGCCCAAGAGGUCAUAAAGGCCUGCAGUGGGAAAUUCUCUCCCUUGCAUCAGUGGCUGUAUUUCGACGCCCUGGAGUGCCUCCCCGAGGAGAGUGAGAAGGAGGAUGAGGAUGAGGAAGAGGCCCUAACGGAAGACGAGUGCGCCCCAGAAGGGUGUCGCUAUGAUGGACAGAUUGCUGUGUUUGGAUCAGCCUUUCAGGAGAAGCUGGGCAGACAGAAAUAUUUUUUGGUUGGUGCUGGUGCCAUUGGCUGUGAGCUGUUAAAGAAUUUUGCCUUGAUUGGCUUGGGAGCUGGAGAGGGUGGGAACAUCACUGUGACUGACAUGGACUCCAUUGAACGAUCAAAUCUGAAUCGACAAUUUUUGUUUAGGUCACAGGACAUUGGGAGGCAGAAAGCUGAGGUGGCAACACGGGUGGCACGGGACAUGAACCCGAAGCUGAAUGUCACGGCUCACCAGAACCGGCUGGGCCCAGAGAGUGAGGGCGUUUACGGGUACAGCUUCUUCAGAGGCCUUGAUGGUGUAGCCGCAGCCCUGGACAAUGUUGAUGCUAGAGUCUACCUGGAUAAGCUCUGUGUGCAGCACUUGAAGCCCAUGCUGGAGGGAGGCACCCUGGGGACCAAGGGCUCCACCGUGGUGGUGGUUCCCCGCCUCACUGAGUCCUACGGCCCCGCCACCCCAGGCACAGCCACGGCCAUCCCCCUGUGCACCCUCAAGAACUUCCCCCAGCGCAUAGAGCACACCCUGCAGUGGGCCAGAGACCAGUUUGAGGGCAUUUUCAAGCACACUGCAGAGCAUGUGAACCAAUACCUGAGUGAUGACAGCUUCUUGUCGCGCUUGGAGCAGCGCAGCGAGGCGGAAGCCCUGGAGGUGCUGGAGGACGUCAGCGGCAGCCUGGGUGACCUCCGACCCCAGAGCUGGGAGGACUGCGUCCGCUGGGCCCGACUGCGCUGGGAGACCCUCUACAACCACGACAUCAGGCAGCUUCUCCACUGCUUCCCUCCCAACGCGCUGACCAGCUCGGGGCUGCCAUUCUGGACGGGUGCUAAGCGAUGUCCUCAUCCCCUGACCUUCGACCCCGAGUGUACCACCCAUAUGGAUUUCGUGGUGGCCGCCGCCAACCUCUACGGCCAGACGUACGGCAUCAAUGGCAGCCGCGACCGCGCCGCCAUCCGGGUCGCCCUGGGGAAGGUCCGCGUGCCGGCGUUUGCUCCCAAGUCCUCGGUGAAGAUCCACGUGACCGACAAGGAGAUGGAGGAAGACAAAGGGAAAGACGUGGACACAGCCCGACUGGAGGCUCUGAAGGCCGAGCUGACCCCCACCCAGCCCGACCGCCAGGCGAUGAAGAUGUCCCCGCUGGAGUUUGAGAAGGAUGACGACAGUAAUUUCCAUAUGGACUACAUUGUCGCAGCCUCCAACUUGCGAGCAGAGAACUACGACAUCCCAACGGCAGAUCGGCUGAAGAGCAAGCUCAUCGCCGGCCGCAUCAUCCCGGCCAUCGCCACGACGACGGCGGCCGUGGCGGGCCUGAUGUGUCUGGAGCUCUACAAGCUGGUGCAGGGACACCGCCGCCUCCGCUCCUUCCGCGUCGCCUACAUCAACCUGGCCGUGCAGAUGUGCGUGAUGUCCACUCCCAGCAAGCCCCGGUCAUUCACGGUGGCGGGGAGGCAGUACUCCCUGUGGGACAGCUUCCUGGUCCAGGGCAGGCCGGACGGCCAGCAGGAAAUGACCUUGGGGCGACUGCUGGAGCACAUCAAGCAAACACAUAACCUGCAGGUGUGUCGUCUUUACUAUGGGAGAGCAUUAUUGUACAACGCUGAAUCGGAUCACAGGCACAGACUACUGCAGAGGGUGACUGAAGUGGUGAGCAGUGUCACAAAGACAGAGAUCCCUCCCCAUGUGGAGAUGCUGGAGAUGGUGCCCUCGUUUGUAGAGGAAGAAGACGGAGACAGUGACGAGAUCCCCCCCAUACAAUAUGUUCUCGUAUGACCUUUACAAAAAUAGGGUCAUCUCUUAUCGUCCACCUCUUCGGUUCAUUCACAUGUCUAUUUGUUUUGUGAUCUUCAGGACAGAUUAGUCAUAGUAGUUAUUUAAAUUAAAGACCAGUUCAAUUGAGAAAUGAGAAUAGGGUCCAAAUAACGUUAAACAUUUGGUUUGUAAAAUUGUUAAAUGAAUUCUUAUAUUAUACAAUUCGUAUAGAAAAAUUAGUAUCAUUUGUUGUCGGAUGUGUUGUCUGGUAUGCCUUCCUGCCUUGCCAGAGUUACUCACUGAGGUUAAUGUAAGCAAAGAACAUCAAACUGAUAGCUUGAUGAAAUACCUGCAUCUGUAUCCCGCUAUUAUUUCACCAAUGGGGAAGAAUGAGGAAACAGGCUUAUAUACCGGCAAAUGGCCAAGCAUCAGUCAUCCUUCUUCACACUUGCACCGACCUGUCUAUACAGCCUAAAGACCAGUGUUUUCCUAACAGUAAUCUAACAUAAUUGGGUCUUGCUUGUUUUGUUAGCAUGAUUGUGCAGUGCUACAGUGCUAAUCACAACUGUGACUGACUUUCUGUAGCGACCUUGGGGCUUAAAACAGGCAGGGGAAUUUAUAUAGCUUAGGAGAUUUAAUGUAAAACAGUAAGGUUGGAAAUGUUGUCUGUGUAUAAAGACUAAAUGAAAAUCCACCUCUAAGAACAAAGAUGACGGCAUUUAUGUGUCACAUCAAUACACAUACAUAUGCUGAAUAUGUGGUCACCUUCUGUAGGUCUAACUUGGCUUAUUUUCUUUGUGUAGGCGGUUUUGUUUAGGGUGUGAGCUCUCCUCAGACAAAAACAGAAUUCCCCCGCAUGACAUGCUGACCAGGCUUCUCAUCAUUGUGAACUCCACUUCAGUGUCUCUUAUUCCAGUCUUAACUCUUUUCAGCAGGCCUAGACAAACACUGUAAACCUCCAGUCAAGCCCAUUCAGAUUCAGGAGCCGCUUUGAAGUGCUGAAUGAAUUAAGUAUUUAACUGUGAACAAGUCGAGGAGGCUGUCCUAAGGCUGUCAUUAGGGGACUCUGCUUUUCUUCUAUUAAGCAUUAUGGGAACAUGGAGAGUUGUUUUGGUAGACAUCCAUUCUCUCCACUGACUUGUAACUGUUGAAUUGUUGUCACUGUGAAUUUCCAGGACAGUCCAAUAAUGACGUAUGUGAAAUGUGGACAUUCUUCCAUAAGUCUCUUAACACAUUCCAGCAUGGAUGCAGUGUAAUAUGUUAUUCCAGCAUUAAUUUAAUGUAACAUGAUACUUAUGUAAUGUGUCCUCUUAAAACUGAUUUCUACUCAAUAAAUUGAAGUUUAUUUGU